UACCAAGUGGUCGGUGUUUUGCUUAUCGCUUUCGUUAUGAGUACUGACACUACUGUCAGAAUUCUUAUUUAGAUCGUGAUUUUUGUUGUAAUUGAGGCUACUGUGGCCCUCAUAUUUAGAUAAUUAUAUCCAAAGUAUACCUAGUAAUGGCAUAUCAGUUGGCUGGGGUUAAUUUAAUCCGGAUUAUUGAGCAUGUGGAGAGGCAAAGAUUCAAUGCCGAUGAUCCGUUCGAAUUCUCUGACUUUAAUUUUGUGAAAUUAUAUCGUCUGCGAAAACAGGACGUGCAAAAUUUGGAAGAAAUGUUACAGCCAUUUUUACCAGUACAUCCUAGAUCGCACGCGAUACGUAAUCGCACGAAGAUACUGUCUGCCUUGCGUUUCUUUGCAAGUGGAAGCUACCAGCUGGAUGUAGGCAGAAAUCAUACAGUAACUCUCAGCCAGCCAUCGAUUUCAAGAACUUUACAUGAGGUGUUGGGAGCAUUCAACACUACAGAAAUAUUGAAUAGAUAUGUCCAUUUUCCAAACACAAUUCAAGAGUUAACCAACACCAGAGAAAGAUUUUCGCAAAGUACCAGGUACCUGGAAUUAUAGGCUGUAUUGAUUGCACUCACAUAGGUAUUGUGUGCCCAAUCGAAAAUGAACAUAUAUAUAUCAAUAGGAAACAUUACCAUUCCCUCAAUGUACAGAUGAUAUGUGAUGAAAAUUUGAAAAUAAUGAACGUAAACAGUCGCUUUCCUGGCAGCACCCAUGAUAGUUUUAUAUGGAGUCAGUCACGAGUCGGGGAAUUUUUGAGAACAUUGUCUGAAGAAUAUAUGGGCAGCUUCUACUUACUAGGUGAAAUAUGUCUAUAUGUUGUACCCUUGGAUCUACUAAAAGAUAGUAUUUUCUUUUAAGGUGACUCUGGAUACCCUCUACGCCCCUGGUUGAUAACCCCUUACCUACCAGAACCACCUCAAGACACUCCAGAAUCAAGGUUCAAUAAAAAAAUUAAGCAUAUCCGGGUUUCCAUAGAACAAUGCUUUGGGUUAUUAAAAAACAGAUUUAGGUGUCUACUGAAAGA